AUGGCAUACAGCGAAGAAAACUAUGUGUUUGACGCUGGUUCCCUAGGUCACUUACAAGGUCUUACUAUAUCUUCCAACCAAACUCCAGCUCUUCAUUACUUUGGAGGUCUACCAUAUGCUCUGCCACCAACUGGCUCUCUUCGUUUCAANACCCCUCGCAAACUCCCUGCAAACUAUAGCUAUGGCACCAAGACAUCUCCGGGCCAAUUCACCACAGGCACAAAGAUUUGUCCUCAGCCUCCAAGUCGUAUCCCACCUGAUGCCUCGCUGUUUGACGAGGAUUGCCUGCAACUCAAUAUCUGGGUUCCUGCUGGCGAGGCGUCGAGACAGGGCUGGCCGGUGUUCUUCUACUUGCAUGGAGGGUUCUUGCAAUGGGGCACUGCUAAUUGGAAGCCAUCGUCUUUGGUGCCUUUGCUGGCCGAGUCUGCAUUUAGAGCUAUAGUGGUUCUUCCUGCAUACCGACUCAAUGCACUUGGCUUUCUCACUGGCAAAGCGUUUGCCGCAGAGGCUGAUACCGCUGAAGGGGCUGUGUUCGGUAACAUGGGACUUUGGGAUCAACGCACGGCUUUGGAGUGGGUGCAUAGCAAUAUCUUCAACUUUGGAGGUGACCCUCGUAACAUCACCCUUGGUGGAUAUUCGGCAGGCGCAUACUCGACGUUCUACCAAUUGGCGCAUGAGCUGUACCUUGUCCCGGUCGACAACCGCAUCAUCAGGAGAGUGAUCAUGCUGUCCAAUGGCCCAGGAACAAGACCCAAGACUCUCAGCGAACACCAAGCCCAAUUCAAUGAAUUCGUCCACCAUCUCGACAUCCCCGCCUUUCUUUCGCCCUCUGCACAACUCGCAAAGCUGCGUGAACUUCCCUAUCAGCAACUCGUAGCCGCUCAGAGCAAAAUGGAAAUCUCCGAGUUCAGACCCAUGGCUGACGGGAAGUUCUACCCCAAAGACCUUUUCACCAAUAUCAACAACGGAGACUUUGCGUGCAGGAUGAAGGACCGCGGUAUCUGCAUCCUCAGUGGCGAAUGCAGAGACGAACACAGCAUAUACCGCACCUGGCGCACACCCGAAGACUCCUUCCAAGCAUUGCGCACCCGUCUCUAUGCAGAGUACCCCAUGGACACCGUAGCCAAAAUCUUAUACCACUAUUGCGGCGCUGGGGAAACUCUGCCUUCGCACUGCAAAGACUGGCAAGAUGCAUUCGGCCGCAUCUACGCUGACCUGCAAGUCCACAAUCUUCAACGCGGCUUUCUGAAUGCAUUGUUCAAACACGGUCUCGAACCUGGCAAACACGUGCUCAGAUAUCGUUUUGACAGACGCUUGAGAUGCAUCGACGCAACUAUACCCAUCGAAUGGGGCGUCACACAUUCCUCGGACGUGCCCAUCUGGCUCUGGGGCUCUGAUUUCGCGGGCGGAUUGACACAGCAAGAGAAACAGUGGUUACAAGGCUGGAACGAAGAAUUUGCGGCAUUUGUGAGGGGUGCAGAGGUACAUUGGGGACCAACCACGCCCAAGGAAAUGAGACGGUGGAGGAUUGAUGGUGAAACGGAUGUUUGGGAGGACGAUAGAUGGGACAAGGGGCUGCAGAUGUGGAAGCUCGUGCAUAGUAAAUGUUGA